UGCUGCAGGGCCCCCAGGUUGCAGUGUGCCUGCAGGUGUUUGCCAGACCCAAACCAUCCGAAAUGCCCCCAGCUCCCAACCCCACGGACCCCCACAUCCACAGGGCGGUGUGGAGCCCUGGGAGGGAUGCACAGCGCCGGGCACAGGGGAGGGGACGCAGUGGGGUGUCCUGAAUGCCACCGUGGGAAAGCUGCGCAGCCGGCUCGGCACAGCCCUGCCAGCCCUCCUGCAGCUCUUCCGCCAGCCAGCGCGGAUCGCCGAGCUGAGCGCUGCCAUCCGCAUGGCACCCAGAUGGAGCCGGAGCUGGGAGUCGAUAAAGCAGCUGUUGGCCCACCUGCAGCCUGAGUAGCUCACGGGAUGCUCUGCAGGACCUGGCACUGAACUGCUGCCUGAUGCUUGCUGAGCUAUGCCCCCACUGCCCCUCACCCUGCUGACACCUGCUGCAAGGAUGCUGCAGACAGAGCCCCGAGGUGUGCUGCAGUGAGAGGAGGUGCUCAAAGCCCCAUCGUGCCCCGGUUCUCAGCAUCCAGCUCCCAGCCUGCAGGUGGCUGCCAUGGAGGAGAACGCCUUCAGCGUGCAGCAGCUGCAGCCCAACGUCAUCUCGGUGAGGCUGUUCAAGCGCAAGGUGGGGGGCCUGGGCUUCCUGGUGAAGGAGCGCGUCAGCAAGCCGCCCGUCAUCGUCUCCGACCUGAUCCGGGGAGGAGCUGCUGAGCAGAGCGGCCUCGUGCAGGCUGGGGACAUUAUUUUAGCUGUCAAUGGGCGGCCCUUGGUGGACACCAGCUACGAGAGCGCACUGGAGAUCCUGAGGAGCAUUGCCUCCGAGACCUACGUGGUGCUCAUCCUGCGUGGCCCUGAGGGCUUCACCACUCACCUGGAGACCACCUUUGCAGGCGACGGGACACCCAAAACCAUCCGUGUCACCCGGCCCCUCUGCCCUGCACCCAGAGCUGUUGAGUUGUCCAACCCCAACCUCCGCGGCCAGGAGCUGCCUGCAGCCAUGGGUUCUCUCUGGACCAGGGAGACGGGGCGGGAUGCGGAGCCUGUGGUCCAUGUCAACGGGUUGGUCACCGGCCCCAAAGGGCAGGAUGGCAACAAGGGGAAGGAUAGCGCCUGCAGCCACCUCUGUCUCAAUGGCGGAGUGGAAGACAACGAGCUUCUCAAGGAGAUUGAGCCUGUCCUGGACCUCCUGAAGAGCAGCAGUAAGGACGGCGGUGGAGAUGUGCCCUGCAAGGUAGAGACAAGGGAUAUAGAAGUCCAGGUGGACUGUUUCAGGGAAGAGGAGAACAAGCUGCAGACAGCCUUCCCAGCUCAGAUGGAGAACGACCGUGUCUUUGGUGACCUGUGGGGGAAGAGCAAUGUGCCUGUGGUCCUCAACAACCCCUACUCUGAAGCAGAGCAGACAGCACCAUCGGGGCGGCAAUCCCCGACGAAGAGCGCAGCGAACGGCAGCCCUUCCAAAUGCCCGCGGUUCGUCAAAAUCAAGAACUGGGAGACGGGCUCCGUGCUCCACGACACUCUGCAUCUCAAGACGGCAAUGACCACCGCAUGCACUGAGCAGAUCUGCAUGGGCUCUGUGAUGACCCCCAGCCAGCAUGUCCGCAAAUCAGAAGACACCAGGCCAAAAGAGGAGGUGCUCCUCCUGGCUAAGGACUUCAUUGAUCAGUACUACUCCUCCAUUAAGAGAUCUGGCUCCAAGGCCCACAUGGAGAGGCUGGAGGAGGUGACCAAGGAGAUUGAAGCCACCGACACCUACCAGCUGCGGGACACAGAGCUGAUCUAUGGUGCAAAGCAUGCCUGGAGGAAUGCAGCCCGCUGCGUGGGCAGGAUUCAGUGGUCCAAGCUGCAGGUGUUUGAUGCUCGAGACUGCACCACAGCCCAUGGGAUGUUCAAUUACAUCUGCAAUCACAUCAAAUAUGCCACCAACAAAGGGAACCUCAGAUCCGCAAUCACCAUCUUCCCACAGCGGACAGACAGCAAGCACGACUUCCGCAUCUGGAAUGCACAGCUCAUCCGCUACGCCGGCUACAAGCAGCCCGAUGGCACCAUCCUGGGGGACCCUGCCAACGUGGAGCUGACUGAGAUCUGCAUUCAGCAAGGGUGGAAGGCACCGUAUGGCCGUUUCGAUAUUCUGCCUCUGCUUCUCCAAGCCAACGGCAAUGACCCAGAGCUCUUUGAAAUCCCCCCAGAGCUCGUGCUGGAAGUGCCCAUCCGGCACCCCAAGUUCGAGUGGUUUAAGGACCUGGGCCUGAAGUGGUACGGUCUGCCUGCAGUGUCCAACAUGCUCCUUGAGAUUGGUGGCUUGGAGUUCUCCGCCUGCCCCUUCAGCGGCUGGUACAUGGGCACAGAGAUCGGGGUCCGGGAUUACUGUGACAACUCCCGCUACAACAUCCUGGAGCAAGUGGCCAAGAAAAUGAACCUGGACAUGAGGAAAACCUCCUCGCUCUGGAAGGAUCAGGCCCUGGUGGAGAUCAACAUCGCUGUGUUGUACAGCUUUCAGAGUGACAAAGUGACCAUUGUGGACCACCACUCGGCCACCGAGUCCUUCAUCAAGCACAUGGAGAAUGAGUACCGCUGCCGUGGGGGCUGUCCUGCUGACUGGGUGUGGAUCGUGCCACCCAUGUCUGGCAGCAUCACCCCAGUUUUCCACCAGGAGAUGCUCAACUACCGCCUCACACCCUCCUUUGAAUACCAGCCGGACCCCUGGAACACCCACAUCUGGAAGGGAGUCAAUGGGACGCCUACCAAGAAGAGGGCCAUUGGCUUUAAGAAGUUGGCAAAAGCUGUGAAGUUCUCAGCCAAGCUGAUGGGACAGGCCAUGGCCAAGAGGGUCAAAGCAACCAUCCUGUAUGCCACAGAGACGGGGAAGUCACAGGUCUAUGCAAAAACCCUGUGUGAAAUCUUCAAGCAUGCGUUCGAUGCCAAGGUGAUGUCUAUGGACGAGUAUGACAUCGUGCACCUAGAGCAUGAAACCAUGGUCCUGGUGGUCACAAGCACCUUUGGCAAUGGAGACCCACCCGAAAAUGGAGAGAAAUUCGGCUGUGCGCUCAUGGAGAUGAAGAAUCCCAACUCCAACCUGGAGGAGAGAAAGAGUUACAAGGUCCGUUUCAACAGUGUCUCCUCCUACUCGGAUGCACGGAAGUCCUCAAGUGAUGGCCCUGACUCCAGGGACAACUUUGAAAGUACAGGACCCCUAGCUAAUGUCAGGUUCUCCGUGUUUGGGCUGGGUUCACGGGCAUAUCCCCACUUCUGUGCCUUUGCACGGGCAGUGGAUACCUUGCUGGAGGAGCUGGGCGGGGAGCGGAUCCUGCGCAUGGGAGAGGGGGACGAGCUCUGCGGCCAGGAGGAGUCGUUCCGCACCUGGGCCAAGAAAGUCUUCAAGGCAGCGUGUGAUGUCUUCUGCGUGGGAGAUGAUGUCAACAUCGAGAAGGCCAACAACUCCCUCAUCAGCAAUGACCGGAGCUGGAAGAGGAGCAAGUUCCGUCUCACCUACGUGGCUGAGGCCCCGGAGCUCACACAAGGGUUGUACAGCAUCCACAAAAAGCGUGUCUAUGCAGCCCGGCUGAUCACACGCCAAAACCUGCAGAGUCCAAAGUCCAGUCGCUCGACCAUUUUCCUGCGUCUCCACACCAAUGGCCACCAGGAGCUGCAGUACCUGCCUGGAGACCACUUGGGUGUCUUUCCAGGGAACCACGAGGAGCUGGUCAAUGCCCUGAUUGACAGGCUUGAGGAUGCUCCUCCAGCCAACCAGCUGGUGAAAGUGGAACUCCUGGAGGAGAGGAGCACAGCUCUAGGCGUCAUCAGUAACUGGACAGACGAGAACCGCAUCCCACCAUGCACCAUCUUCCAGGCUUUUAAAUACUAUCUGGACAUCACCACCCCUCCCACCCCGCUGCUCCUGCAGCAGUUUGCUUUGUUGGCCACCAGUGACAAGGAGAAGAAACGUCUGCAGGUCCUUAGCAAGGGCUUACAAGAGUACGAGGAGUGGAAGUGGUCCAAGAACCCCACGGUGGUGGAAGUGCUGGAGGAAUUCCCCUCGGUGCAAAUGCCCUCCACACUGCUGCUCACACAGCUGCCCCUGCUGCAGCCCCGCUACUACUCCAUCAGCUCCUCCCCGGAGAUGUACCCUGGAGAGGUCCAUCUCACCGUGGCUGUGGUCUCCUACCGCACUAGAGAUGGAGAAGGCCCCAUCCAUCAUGGAGUCUGCUCCUCCUGGCUCAAUAGGAUCCAGAGUGACGAAGUUGUGCCCUGCUUUGUAAGAGGGGCUCCUGGGUUCCACCUGCCCCAGGACCCUCAGGUGCCCUGCAUCCUCAUCGGCCCCGGCACCGGCAUUGCCCCAUUCCGGAGCUUCUGGCAGCAGCGGCUCUUUGAAAUCCAGCACAAAGGCCUGAAGCCCUGUCCUAUGGUUCUGGUGUUUGGGUGCCGGCAGUCCAGGAUUGAUCACAUCUACAAAGAGGAGACGCUGUUUGCCAAAACCCAAGGUGUCUUCAGAGAGCUGUACACAGCCUACUCCCGGGAACCGGACAAACCAAAGAAAUACGUGCAGGACGUGUUACAGGAGCAGCUGGCCCAAACGGUGUACAAAGCGCUGAAGGAGCAGGGAGGCCACAUCUACGUCUGUGGGGAUGUCACCAUGGCUGGGGACGUCCUCAAGACUGUUCAGCACAUCGUGAGGCAGCAGGGCCAGCUGUCGGUGGAGGAGGCAGGCGCUUUCAUCAGCAAGCUGCGGGAUGACAGCCGGUACCACGAGGAUAUUUUUGGAGUCACCCUGCGCACAUACGAAGUGACUAACCGCCUUAGAUCCGAGUCUAUUGCAUUCAUCGAGGAGAGCAAAAAAGAUACGGAUGAGGUUUUCUGCUCCUAACUGGACCCUUCGCCCCAAGGGAUGCCCAACCAGUCCUGGCACCUGCUGCCCACUCCCGCCGAGGGCACUGGGUUUUGUAUUUCACGGACACAGUGGCUCCUUUUCCGGGGAACUGCCCAUGGAAAGCGCUCUGUCUCUUGUCCUGUUGUUGUGUCAUGAUGAUGAUGAUGAUGAUAAUUUUUAUUGCCUUUUCUUCCUCUUUCUCUUGCUCUCUCUCUUGUCCUGUGGUGGUUUCUUUUCAUCCCCUUUCCCUUCCCCUGAUCUCCCCUCUGAAGUACGAUGGCUUUAUAAUUCGCAGUGGCUCUUAACAGAACUUCCCGUUUCUCCAUCCUCUCAUGAGGGCAUUUUGCAGCUGCAUGAAAUUACCAUUUUUGUGACCAUUUGCGUUUUAGUGUUUUGGGGGCAAGCAGAGUGGCAGGGGCUGGGUGCUGGCUGGCUCUUGCUGCUUUAUGGGAUCUGGGGGCCGUUCCCUCAGCCCCAAGCUUGGGGCUUGGCUGAAUCCUGGCGUUUUCUUUGCUUUCUUUUGGGCUUGUUCAGGCCUGGGCACAAGCCCACGGCUGGGGGCAGUCAAUGUGCCAUGUCCUUGUGCCUGUGAACUUUGCUCAUCCCCACCCAGCCUGGGUGCAAAUGCAUCUGUAUUGAGCCAGAAGGCAGGACAUCUGCAGUUCACGUGUUGUAGUUUCUCCUAAAUGCACUCUGUGCUGUUUGCCUCCUUCUCUGAUCCCCAUUUCCCCUAAGUCUCUCCUUUUGCUCAGUCCCCACUUCUGCUGGCAUGAAAGUCUUCCUGCUGAAGAGCAAGCACUGAACACACAGGCUGAUGUCUGUGCUAGGGAGAAACUUGUAGCAACGAGCGCUGCUUCGCCAGGCUGUCCUCCAAAAGGCUUUGCAGGAGAUGUGCAAUCUGCAGCUGUGGUGCUGGGGGCAGAGAUUCAGCUGUAUCCUUGAGCUUUGCAAUGUGAACGCUUGAACCCUCUCCCAGGUGAGACUGGAAAGCCACAAGGAGGGAAAAGAAGCAGCUCCAACCCCGGGUGCAGAAGCACUUCCAUGUGGGAAAGCAGAACUUGGAGGGCUACAAAGGCUCCCUCCACCUGGUCCCUGCUGAGGCCGUGUUGACAGAGAGUUCCCGAAAGCACGGAGAGCACCAGUUCUACCUUAGUGCAGUGUUGUGAGCAGUUCUGGGACAGCAGAUCCCAACCCCACUCACGGCUUCGGGAGCGGCAAGCGCCAGCAUGGAGUGACCUGCCUGCCAAAUAAAUACGUGCAGCAUCUGGUGGCAAGCCUGUCCCCUCUUGCAGGCUGUGUGCCACCUGCCAGCAGCACGAGCUGUCUGCCGGGACGUCUCGUCGACCUGGAGGUGAGAUGGGCUGCAAGGCUGCUGCGUGACUCUGAGCUCCGCCACGCUCACACCUCAGCCCGGCUGCAAAACUGCAGCCCCACAAAUGAGUCGUUGGCACUGUCACAGAAAGGUAUUGGUCCCUUUAGCAGAGGAGAGCUGUCAGAGAGGUAAAGCAAGAACAACCUUGUGUGUCCUACUUUCCUCACCCCCCCUUCUCACCCUCAGGAGGUUUUUCCUCCUUCAGUGCAGGGUGAGGGGCUCUGGGCGGCUGCGGCCCUUGCUGGAGGCAGAGACACGAGGCUAGUGUUGGAGCUGAUCCUGUCCUCCUGUCCCCUCUUUGCUGCACCGUGAACUGAAGCUUGUACGGAACAAAGCACCCGCACCUGAGGCAGCAGAGGGCUUGUUCAGCAGCUGUAACGUAGAGCUUUGCUUCCAGAGGGCUCGGAUUUGCUGCCUUAAGACCAAGUGGGAACAAAAAGAGCUGCAUGAGGCUUGUUGCUCCGUCAGCCCGUGGUGCAAGGCACGCUGGCCUUCCUGGCAGUGCAGGUACCAUACGCUCAGCCUGCUGCCUUUUCCUGCUGCUUGGACAGCCAUAGCUGGGACCAUCUGCAGUCUCAACUCCCUGGGUGCUUGAAGCAGCUCCAGCUCAAGAGCCAGGUGGGCACCAGAGACCCAGGUCUCAGUUUUGCUGGUCCCAGCAGUGCACUUUGCAGGGCAUGAAACGCGAAGGAAUGCUGCCACAGUGUGGCCAGAGCCGAGCUCAUUAAGAUGCAGUUGCAAGGCUGGGUUUGUGGCACUGCCUGGGGACUUGGGGAUGCGGAGGUGAAUGCUGGACAGGAUGGGAUGAAGUGCAGCCCCUGGUCCUCCUUUAGGGCCUGUGCCCCAAUCCUAGGGUUGGUACUGGGGUGAGAGCGCUGGGUCCCUUUUUUGCUGGGAUGUGUGAAUUCAGACAGGCGUCCUGCUGAUGGGAACCAAACCCCUGGCUCUAGACCUGUGUACAUACAGCAAACCUGGCCCUAAACCCACGUCCCACGGCUGCAGAAACAAAGCUAAAGAACAAAUUCACAUCACAUCCCUGCCUUGAUUCUGAUUAUGGCUCUAGACUCUGUGCUCUGCUCCUACUUUUAAUAGAACUGGUGACACAGUCUGAAAAGGAGGGUGUGCCCGAAGAAAUGCCCUUGUCUUCGUCCUCUUUUCAGCUCAACCUGCAUUGUUAGCAAUUAGUUUUUUCCAGUCCUGCCUUCUGCCUGUAUUGCUUUAACAUCUCCCAUCUGGAAGUCCUAUUGCUGUUGCAGUCUGUGGCUGAGAUGAAUUGGCUUGCUCUUCCUGUGCCCCAGAGCCUGCCGUCUCCACCUCCCGCUCCAGCAGAUACCAGUGAAAGCACUGGGAAGCACAAAGGAGGGAACAGGGCGUGUGCCUUGCCUUCAGUGGGACCUCCAAAGGGGCAGACAGCUUUGGCUGUCUGAAGCUCAAUGGUUAGGUGAGUUCUUCAUAAUCCUUCCGAAGAGAAAUGCUGCUUGAAGGGCAGCCAGUCUGCCUGGCUCUGCCACAAAGGUCCACAGAGCUGCACAUCCUGCAGGACUCCGAGCUGCCUCUCCGCUCCCUCUGCCUCAGCAGGGCUUCUCACAAGCCAAACUACUGGGAAUUUUGAUUCAUUGCAUUUUGUUGAGUCAGUCUCAGAUGUCUUAACUCCCCCUUCGUCCUUCUAACCUGAGAAGGCUUCACGCUCCCCUUCGAGUUUAAUUUUCUCCCACAGCGCAGGGAGAAAUAAACCUGUGGAUCUGCUUUAUCAUUCAUUCCACAAAUGGCUCUUCCACCAGUUGUCUAGACUCUGCUCAUCUCAGUGUGACAUGUCUGACACGCGGGUGUAGCCACAGUAUCUCCAUCAUGCGCAAACAGCAGGGAGUGCUGCACACCGGUGCCCUGAGCUGCCCAGGGUGUCACAGCAGGACGGACCAUGCCUUUUGGGCACUCAGGUCACAAAUGUCACUGCUGGCUGCUUGCUGCCCUGCGCCAUGCAGCUCCUGCAGCAAGGGGACACAGGACCCAAUGGGCUCCUGGCCCAACCCAGUGCCCCAGUCCCUGUCAUGGAGGAUGCCCACCACCACUGCCUGUUUUGCAGCAGUUCAGCUCCUUUUUGCUCCCCAGAGAUUAAACACGAAGAGGGUCUUUUCGAAAUGGGAGAUUGGAUUUUCAAGAUGCUACCAAGUGUGAGGGUUUUUUUUUCUUUUUUCUUUU